AUGCCCAUCUUCCAGGACGAUCUCGAACAUCACCACCAUCGCCGUCCGUCCGUAGCCGAGACCACCACGGCCGCGGCGCCAGAAACACCACAUCCACCCAUACCCCAACACCGACCGUCGCCGAUGAGAAGACUCUCCGAAGAGAGCAUACGAACCGAGCUAUGCGAAGGCCCCAUUGUCGAAAGCCCGACGAGGCCGUCAACACCCGAGACCGACACCGACGCCGACGCCGCCACCGCCGCCGUCACCUCUGACAGGGCCGAGCUGAUUGAGCGGCUGAAGCGCGGGGAGAGUCCGACGUGGAUUCCGAACCGUCGCGUAGCAUCCCCCAGGAACGAUCUUGUGGCUCACAACAUUACCAAGCUCGAGUCGCUCUUCAACAACCUGCCCCGCCCGAGCACGCCGCAGAGCCCCCGGCCGCCCUCGAGCUCGUCUAGUCUCCUACCGCCCGCGAGCAUCACCCCGGACAGAGCAGCCGCCGACGGCUCGCGAGAGGAGGAUGAGCGGUUGCGCGAGGGGUUGAGCAUACAGAGGCCGCGGUCUGCUCUGCACAGCGGCGAUUUCACAGAGGACCAUCAGCCGAGGCCGCGGUCGCAGCACGAAAAGCAACAGACGGCGCAAGAGCAGGAGACGCACGGCGCAACCAACAAGUUCUUGGCUUCGCGCAAUUCAUGGCUCGCAACGUCACCACCGCGGGACUUUUCCCCGUUUCAGUUCGAGACGAGGUUGCCGUUUCCGGCGACGAAUGACGACUACCGAUCCGUCCCGUCCUCCUUGUCCUCCUCCUUCUCAUCCAGCUUCGUGUACAAGCCGCCGACGAGCCCGCUGGUCCAGUCCGAGAGCAACGACCAAAUCGACCUGUCUGCGCCGCUAAACAGCAUCGCAAUUACCCCGGGAUCCCCAAGCUUCGUGGGCCCCUCGCGCCGACACACCCUGAACUCGGUCACAUCGUCUCCCUUUGCGUUCCCCUCGCCUGGCCAUGCUGCGAUUCACAGACAGUCCUCGCACCGCGGCUCAGCGGCAUUGCCGUACCAGGCACACCAGCCGCGGCGCUCCCUCACGUCGAUCCCGCAGGUGCCGCUCCCUGGGGGCUCCUCGCCGCAGACGCCAGCGGCGUUUCUGAGACCCAGGCGGCCGUCGUUCAACUCGGACACGUCCCCCUUGCAGCACGCUUCCAUGGUCGGGUCGUACGAGGAGAGCAUCCUCCGCGGCCGCAUGUCCACGACGCCGUCGAAGCCGCUCGACUUUCUCGCGCAAAUUGGCGUGCUGGGGCUGGGCAAAUGUAAGUCUAGUCUGAGGUGCCCCGCCCAUGUGACCCUGCCGUUCCCCGCCGUGUUCUACAGCUACGGGGGAGCUUCACAAGGGCGUGUGCGGUCAGAAGACGGGCCGAGUCCGUACGUCGGCCAGAUUGACCUGGAAAACGGUCUACCCAACCCCGAAGAAGGGCAGCGGUCCAAGAGAAAGAUGCAGAGCAGGUACGUCGAGAAACGAAUCGCGGAAGACGACGUUCUCAUGGCGGACGGGCCCGCGCUGGCGGCGGACGGGUCCUCGGAUCGUGAGGCGCGCCGAGCCGCGCAGCGGGCCAGACGGAGAUCGGCAUCCCCGAGAGCGCCGCCUGGCGGGAGCUAUCGCAUCCCCGAAAAGGGCCAGAUCCAAAUCAUCAUCAAGAACCCCAACAAGACGGCGGUGAAGCUGUUUCUGGUGCCCUACGACCUCGCCGGCAUGGAACCCGGGACCAAGACGUUUAUCCGGCAGCGAAGCUACUCGGCGGGUCCCAUCAUGGAGACGAACACGCCCGGGUUGGAGGAGGCAGCCGCAGCCGCCGCCGCCGCCGCCGACCGCCCCAUCCUGCGGUACCUCGUGCACCUCCACAUCUGCUGCCCGUCCAAGGGGCGCUUCUACCUCUACAAGAGCGUCCGGAUCGUCUUCGCCAACCGCGUCCCCGACGGCAAAGAGAAACUCCGCAACGAGACGACGAACCCGGAGCCGCGGUUCACGCCGUACAAGCCCAUCCGCGUGAUGCACCCGCCCAUGUCGAGCAGCCACAGCGGACCCGCGGCGACGCUCGCGGCAGAAAAGGCGUCUCGGAGGCGGAGUGCCGGGUUCCCCUUGGUUCCGUCUGCGUAUCCCUACGCCGUGGAGGGUGGGUGUACAUCGGACGGGUUCUCGCAGUCGCCGCAGGCCGCGGGGUACGGUCAGCAGCAGUCGUCGCCGUCGCCAUUUAGCUUUGGCGGGAAUACGCAGCCUGUGGAAGCGGUGCCGUUUGCGCUUUCCGUCCCGGGACGGGGGCGCGCUCGUCUGGGGAGCGACGUGAGCGAUACCACGAACACGACGAGCACUACCACACCCGGCAUCCUCUCGCCGCAGUCGGAGCAGGCGAGUAGACCGACGACCAAGGACGGGUGGGGGGACGCGCAGGUUGCGAGGUACGAGAAGCUGAGUAAGGGGGACGUCGGGUACGGCGGCAACGCGUUUGCGCCGUCGUCUGGGCGUGGUGGGAGUCCUGGGGGUGCUGCGGAGGGGCUGCUUUCGCAGCGGUUGCGGUCUUUGGGUGUACAGAACCAGGGA